GUUUGGCAUUGUCAGUUCUGGGCCAAAAGAUUUCAUUUACAAAAUACACCCAUUUGACCAACGAUGGAAUGUUAUGGCAUUCUGCUUGCAGUUAUUUGAUCAGUAUGAAGCAUUAAGGUACUACAACAGAAUGCUAACCAAAGAAGAACGAAUCUCACUGUUGUUUCUGCUCGUCUUCAUGGAAUGACGUAUGAACAGGUGCGGACAGACUUUACCCGUCGAUUCCGGAAAACAGGCCCCACCAGGCUUGCUAUGAAGACCCUAGUCAAUAAAUUCCAGCGUACUGGUAGUGUUGCAGAUGAUAAAGGUCCAGGGAGGCCGGUCAUAAUGCCAGACACCGUGCAAAGUGCGCAGGAUGUGAUCACACGUAGCCCUUCCACAUCUACCAGGAGACUUAGUAGGGAGCUUGGUAUUCCUCAAACCACUGUAUGGAGAGUUCUUCGUUACAAGCUGCACAAAAGUGCGUACUAUAUCCAGGUCAUACGUAAGCUUGAAGUGGAGGACUACGCAGUCAGACAAGCUAUGUGUCAUGACCUACUACAAGCUGUGGAAAAUGAUAAUUUGAUGCAAAAUGUCUUGUUCAGUGAUGAAGCUACAUUUCAUACCUGUGGACAUGUGAACAGACACAACUGUAGGAUCUGGACAGACGAACAACCAAGUGUGCUGCAGGAGUGGCAACAGGACAAAGCCAAAGUGAAUGUGUGGUUAGGAAUAACGAGGUCAACAGUGUACGGGCCCUUCUUCUUCACAGAACAAACCGUUACUGGAACCACAUACCUAGAUAUGUUGAAACAGUUUUUGGAGCCCCAGUUGAUAUCUGAUGGGAUUAUGGAUACUGUUGUUUUUCAAGAGGGUGGUGCACCACCCCAUUUUGCCCUCGUUGUUCGGGACUAUCUGAAUCAACCAUUUCCUGGCAGAUGGGUUGGUUGUGCCUCUCCACAGAUGUGGGCACCCUGCUCUCCUGAUUUGAACCCUUAGACUUUUUUGCAUGGGGGUUUAUCAAGUCUAAGGUAUACCAGGUGAAGAUCCACAGCACUGAACACUUAACACAGCGGAUUUGAGCCACAGCUGCUGAGAUUGCACCAGGUAUGCUAGGGCAGGUUUUUCGGUCUACAGUGGAGCACUGGGGGGGUGUGCCUAGACAU